AUGAUUGAGGUCUUGAGGUCACCACCGGACCUGCGUGAGAUUGAGCGAGGGCUGGGGGAUUGGGGGCAGGUGCCGCGGUGUGUGCGGGACACGCUGGUAGCCAUACUGGAGUCCCCGCGACGCGACGCACCACCUGCCGUGGUGGACGACGCCGAAAGGACACUGCUGCCGCUUCGGCGGCGGGGACCAAAGACGGACAUAGCCUCCAUGUUUGAGGCCGUGCUCGCAGCGCACCGCCCACGGGAAGUGUUUGUGCCAAAUCUGCAGUGCGUUGUCACGGAGUCGGGAGAGAAACUCCCACAGCAUUAUCACACCGCUGCGGCUCCCACGCUUGCGCCUGCCGUGGAGGCAGUCGGUUCAUCGCGAGAGUAUACUGGCUGUAUCCCAUGCAACGACGCCGACAGUGACGAAGCGGAAUACGAGGGAAAAGCGGAAGGAGUGGGGUUGCAGGAUUGCCGGGUGCGGGAGCCGCAGCUUCUUCCCGACAGAAGGGUUUUCUACGGCAACGUGUUGGAGCCUCCAACGGAGUCGCCACGACGAGACCGCGCAACGUCGUCUCGAGGCAGCGUAGGCGCCCCGCACAAGAGGCGGCUGCGUGUGGUGCGCCCCAUUGUCAUGGACACACCCACCGUGAAAAAGGUUGAAUGUGUUCGACACCGCCAUGAAGUUAGAGAUGUGCUUCUGCGUGUUCACUGUGAAAUUGACCGCCUGCAUGCGGAGGCUGAUACAUGGUUUGUGAAGUCUAUCUAUGAUGCGAUGCGGCUGGACCUGCGGCGUGCGAAGGACGUCUACGGUGAGGUGAAGCCGCUGCCACACCCCACAAAAGAACAGGAGCAGGCGCUUGCCGCAUUUGCAGAGGGCCUGGCGGUGCUGCAGGAGGCAACAGUAGAGCUGGUAUCGACGUUUCUGUCACAAGAAGAGAAGCGGUUUCUCGGUGUUGAUACGCACAAGUAUCAAACCCGGACGCAGCGCAGCAGCACCUAUCAGUACGCCCCGGCAACUGGGGCGAAGCGAAAGGAGCAAGCGACAGGGACGUGGUCGCAUGAGGGUGUCUCUUCAACGCUCAAAGGGGGGGAUGUCGAGGACAGGCACCGGGCCCGAGACAUCACCCGUCAUGUCGCCUCCGCGCCGACCACGGCGAAGGCUGCCGCUCCGCACCCCACUGGUGCUGCGGCGGCCGCCGUUGUUCCUCCUCCUGCUGCUGCCAGCGGAAAUAAUUCUGUGAGGGAGAAGACUGGCGUCGCAGCUGCCAAUCCCUCGCGCAGCACCCGCCUCAAGAGGAAGUCCCAACCAAAGCCCAGUCAGCAACCUCCCACUGACUUCCUGCCCCGUGCAGCUACCGCCUCUGCGCCCUCCGUGACGGAGAACGACGCAGCCCUUGGUAGCUUGCCGCAACUAGAUCUGUUCGAAUUCGGUCCAACCCCGGCAGCACCAGCACCAGCAACAGCGAAGGAGCAGGAUCGAACGAGAAAGGGCGCUGCUGCAUUGCCUCCACCGGCACCCUUGAAGAAGCAUUUGUCAUGCUCAACACUUUCGACAAAGUCGUCAAAGAGUGCGGGUAAUCGCGUAGACGGGAAAAAGGAGGCGGUGGCACGAGAGGCGGCACCUGCACCUGUCGCACCUGCCAGGCCAAGCGUUGGACUUGGGAGAAUUGACAUAAAGCGCUUCCUGAUAGACAGUGACAGUGACAGUGACAGUAAAGCCACUUAG